AUGGGAGUCAAAGUCAAGGUUAAACCACCCAAGGCAAAGGCCUCCAAAUCCAAAUCCAAACCCAAAUCGAAGGACCGCAAGGGUUCGGAGGAAUCUGAGCAAGGUGAACCCGCUGCCGCGGGUACAGACCCUGGAGGCUACGAGGAAUGGCUCGGCCGGAAUACCGGUAGCUACAACUCUUCAAGCUCCAAUGCCACACUCCCACCGAUUCCAAUCGAGUGGAACAUCUCGCCCACCAACUUGGACUCUGUCCAGUGUCCUUCUGUCGGAGACACAGUCGGCUGGUUCAUCGCCACGGACCUUUUCUCCGCCUGCGCUUCGUUUUUUCUCUGCGUGGUUCUUGUUGCACUAUUCGACAAUAAGAAAGCCCAACAAAAGGUGUUGGGAUACCGAGAGAAUCUGGCUCACGUGGCUCAUUGGUUUUGCUUUUGA